AUGAAACCAGAGGUUAGUGCAGCAUCAGAGUUUCUCUCACGAGUAUUCCUUGCCCACAACAACAUCAGCAAGGAGAAAGUUCUUGAGUUCCGGCAGCAUUUCUCAGAGUUACUAGAAGAAAGAUUCCGUGACCAUUGGCACGAAACUUGCCCAACAAAAGGCCAGGCAUUUCGCUGCAUCCGCGUGUGGCCAGAGGAGCCCCUGGAUCCACUGAUUGAGAAAGUAUGCAGCCGACUUGGCAUUAAUGCCACUGAUUUCAAGCUGCCCUUUGAACUUACCCUGUGGGUGGACCCCACGGAGGUUGUUUGCAAGUUUGGGGACCUAAAGUGCUCGUACCACACAGUGGCCAAGAAGGACCAAACAUCUGGCAACCUCAACAAUCAUUCAGGCAACCUUGACAUUGAUGACCUUGUGGAGAAUGCCAGGGACCUCUACCUAAAGAAACAAACGGUGAUCAUUAAUCCGGUUCACGCCACCGAGCUGCACAUCCAGAAUACCUACAUGGAUGGCUCCUACAGUAGUGUUACCAUGGCCAUCCGCAUCAAUGGAACUGUCCACUACAACUCUAAUGGCUCGCCUCCUGUCAGCUACGACGACUCUCCCUUUGGGAAAGGUCGACAGUCUCACAGGCGAGCGGGAGGAUAUAACUACUAUGGGAAAAGUUCUGGAGUAAAAGGCAACUAUAUUGGGAAUGGCAUGACCAAUGGAAGCUCCCAUGCUCCUGCAGCAACUCAUCACUACCAGUAUCAUCACUACCAAGGCAGCAAUGAUCCGAGCCCCAGCUCCUCUUACAGUAAUGGCUAUUUAAACAGUUACAGCAGUGAGGAAAAUGGCUACGCGUUCCAUCCCCUGUCGUUGUCGCCUUCAAAGGUAAACGGUAUUAUUGGAAUGACACUGAAUAUUGUCAACGGGUCGGGGCAUGUCACACAAGGGCCUCCCACACCAGAGCAGAUACACCAACAAGUGCAGCAUCCUCCUCCAAUGCCCCAGUCGAUCACUCAUCUCCAGCCAGCCUUUGAUCAUCCUUCCACUGACACCAGCACUCAACCUCCUCCACCAACCUCUGCCACCACCAGCACCUCAUGCAGCACUGCCGGGACAAGCAAGCCCAUCAGCAUUGGGAACUCCAAGUUCCACAGCAAUCGAGCAACUGCUGCCCCCAGGAACAAGCCAGCCACCAGUCCAGCAAAGGAAACGAAGUAA